AACCAACGUGUGUGUCUCUUGUUUCCACCGCCUGCACACGCGCUGCCAGGCAGCAGUUGCUUAGUAACCUCUGCAAGGGGCGGCUGGAUGCUAACCCGGUGCACAACAACAACAACAACAACAACAACAACAACAAACUGCAAGAAACGAGCAUGGACGAGGGCACCGAGCUGUCCCUGAGCAUCGCUCACAUCGUGCAGCGGCUGAAGGGAAGUCACCUGCACUCCCAGAUAGAGAGGCAAGCCAAAGCCAGCUGGGAGAAGCGCGUCCUCAAAAGCCUGAACAGCAUGAGCACAGAGCUCGAAGUGCCUCUGGCUCGCAUGAGACCCGCGGUGGAGCAGAAGGAGCUCACCAACAAAUGGAACGAGAUGGGCACGGAUGAACCAGAUUUAAGUCGCUUUAGGCCUGUCUACGCACCCAAAGACUUCCUGGAGGUGUUAAUCGGCUUACGAAACCCAAAUCAUGAUAGCAGCGAGGACGUCAGUGUGAGGAGCCACUGGGGUCUCAUCCAGGUUCCCCUCAAUGUCAGGGACAUCCCACAGCUGAGACAGGCCUACUCAGAGCUGAACCUAACCACAGGACAAUUGGGGAUUGAUGACAAUGCACACAUCCAUCCAGACUUGUUUGAAAACGAGUACGUUCAGAUCGGGAAAAAAGUGGUUGUGGAGCAGGACAGUGCAGCAGCGCAGCAGUACAGCAGGCAGGGCUGUCCGACCGGGCUCCGGGCGGACCUGUGGGCCCUCAUCCUUAACUCUACUAACCAGCCACAGGAUGUGAUGCACUAUGAACAGCUAACGGCUGGAGUCAUACAACAUGACCUGUUGGUGGACAACCUCAUCUAUAAGGACGUGAAGCUCACCGCCAGUAAUGACGACUACUACUUUGUGUUUGAAGAUUUCCUCUAUCAGGUGCUGCUUUGUUUCUCACGGGACACCGCCGUCUUGGAUCACUUCAAAUACAACAGUGCCACCCCUCCCAAAUCCUACAUCCAGGGGAAGGCAGGAGAUGAGGAGUGCGCUGUUGUUUAUCCUCCCAAUGGUGUAAUCCCUUUCCAUGGGUUUUCAAUGUAUGUGGCACCUCUGUGCUUUUUGUACAACGAGCCAUCAAAGCUGUACAGUGUAUUCAGGGAAAUGUACAUCCGCUACUUCUUCAGAUUGCACUCCAUCUCGUCGUCUCCUUCCGGUAUCGUGGCUUUGUGCCUGCAGUUUGAGCGGCUGCUUCAGACUCACCUGCCUCAGCUCUUCUACCACCUCCGACAGAUCGGAGCGCAGCCGUUGCGUAUCGCCUUUAAGUGGAUGGUCCGGGCCUUUUCUGGCUAUCUGUCUACUGACCAGCUGCUUCUUCUCUGGGACCGAAUCCUCGGAUACGAUUCUCUGGAGAUCGUCGCAGUCCUAGCAGCAGCUGUGUUUGCCUUCCGCGCUGAGAACCUGAUGGAAGUGACGUCACUGGCCUCAGCUGAGGCUGUACUCGCUGACCUUUCAACCCUGAAGGUCAUGCCGCUCAUCCAGAUCUUUCUGUUCGCCACCGCCAUCUGAGGAGGGAGAACGAGGGUCUUAAUGGGUACACACCACCUGCAGGAGAACUACAAACAUGCCACUUUGCAAUGCCAUAAGCCACGCAGACUCACCGGGAAACACAAGGCCAAAGCGUGACCUGUCAAGAAACGACGAAAAACUGCAACCAUAACAUAAUAAUAAGCCAAAAUUGCUCUUUUGCAUGGAUGCACCAUAACUAGUGAAUACCUGUAUCACGUUAUUAGAUAUUACACAGUAUGUAAGUAUAGCCUGCAGACCAGUAGAGUGAACGUUCCUGAGCCAUAUGCUCUGCAGGAAAGACGAUACACGUAGCAGUAUGAGCUGAGAAGCUCAUUAGGCGACGAGUUGCAUGAAGCAGUAAUUGUAUUGUGAUAGAGAGAGAGAGGACACUAACGUCUCCAAGCUUGGCUAAUGAAGUGUUAAUUAGCCGUUGCAAUUUAUCCGGCUCUGUAGCUCCCAACACGAACGCUAUUAGAUAAUGCUGUCGCUGCUUGACGGAGGAGAUUGGACGCGUUGAAAGAAAUAGUCAAACGUAUUUAAUAUAUAUGAUUAGAAGCUGCUGCGUAUGGACAUAAUUUAUGGUAUUUAUGCACAUUUGUGCACACGUAAGGGACCUUUAGCACCUCCAGUGCCAGUAUUUAUUUAACGCCAUUGAGCUUUUUUUUUACCAUUUACAACGUUUUCAUCUGAUUUGUACCGUUUUUAAUUCAAACGCACUUAAAUAUUUGUUUCAUUAUUACAUCACACAGCAGUAUUAUUUGUCAGUUAAUGCCAAUGUCUUUAAUCUGACACAUUUCAAUGUCCGUUGCAACGUCAAAUUAACUGUUUUUGAAAUAAAAUAACAUAAAGGUCGUGUUGAA